GCAAGUAAGCAAGUAAGAGUUGUCUUAAUACAAUUUAAUUAACAUUAUCAAAAAUGUUAAGCAUUUUUGCCAAUUCUUGGCAUAUAUUUAGCCCAAUCUUAAUAAUUUUUGGACUAUAUUGGUACUUUACUCGCAACUUUGACUUUUUCACUAAGCAAGGUAUUACGGGUCCCAAACCAUGGGUAGGCAUUGGAAAUUUAUGGGAGCUAUUUUUCACCUCGAUGCCCGAGUUAGAGCUUGAGCGAUACAAAAAAUUUGGCAAAAUAUACGGUGUAUUUGAAGGCAAUAAACCGAUUUUGCGAAUCGGCGACCCGGAACUCGUCAAAAAGGUGCUUGUUAAAGAGUUUAACGUGUAUCAAACCCGGCGCGAGACUUCCAAUGCAAAGCACCCGGUGAUAGAUCUCAUUAUAUCUCAGGCCAGUGGCGACGACUGGCGGCGCAUGCGCAGCACAGCGACUCCUACAUUCUCAUCGGCCAAACUGCGCAAAGUAUUCAAACUAUUGGACCAAUCAAUGAACGGCUUUGUGGAGGCGCUCAAAACAAAAGCCGUACCGCAACGGGUGGUCGACAUGAAGUGGUGGUUCGCGUGCUAUUCGAUGGACGUCAUAGCUAACUGCAUAUUCGGCGCCUCCACCCAGGCCUACACCGACCCCACCGAUCCCAUUGUGGUGAACGCCCGGUCACUCUACCGGCCAAAAUUCUGGAAAAUUGUGGUCACUCUACUGUUUCCCACGCGUCUCUUGAAUUGGCUGAACAUACACUCGGAGACCAACGAUCAGGCGAUCGACUAUUUCGUACAAAUCACCAGAAAGUUGUUGCGACUGAAGGAGGCCGAGGGCCGGGAGGGCGCGGCCAAGAACUCGCAGUUUAACGACUUUGUGGACAUACUUAUGCGCCGUAACGCUAUCGAUAAGGUGCUGGACGGCGAGGGCGAUGGGCAUGAAGGUGGCGAACAGGAGGACGAAGAUGACGGUGAACUGAACCCACUGGACGACGGUAUGGCCGCGAAGAUUGUCUCAAAGCCCAAGACCACAACCGCCGCACCGGACGUGAAGGUCCCGUCGCCUAAACCAUUUGACGGCCGCAAACCGAUGACCGACGACGAAAUCAUUGCGCAGGUAUUCUCGUCGCUCAACGGCGGCUUCGAGGCCACGACCAACGCCCUGGCCUUUUGCGCCCACGAGCUGGCCCUACAUCCCGACGUACAGGAGCGCCUGUACGAGGAGGUGAACGACGCUCUCGCCAAUACUAACGGCGAAAUAACUUACGAAACGCUCGGCAAACUCACAUACUUGGACGCCGUCAUCAACGAGAGUAUGCGCCUCCACUCGGCUGCCCUGCGCCCCACCCGUGUCGCGGCCGCUGAACAUACCCUCGGCGACACCGGCAUAACCAUACGCAAGGGUCAGACCAUUGAGCUGAUGGUGUACGCCAUGCACCGGUCGGAUGAGUACUGGCCCAGGGCUAGUAGGUUUGACCCGGAGCGGUUUAUGCCAGAGAAUAAGGCUAAUAUUAUCCCCUACUCGUACCUGCCCUUUGGUGGCGGUCCCAGGGCUUGCAUAGGGCAGAGGUUUUCGUUGAUGGUAGUCAAGUUGGCCAUCGCUCGUAUUGUGAGGCAGUUUAAGUUUGCCCCGUGCGAGCGCACACAAGUCCCGGUGCCGUUGACUAAGCACUUGCGUUUCAAAGCGGCCCAGUCCAUUUAUUUGCAUAUUGAGGCCCGUGGUUAA